GUCCAGCCAUGAUAUAAAAUCUGAUGCGCUCAAGCUAGGCAAUAUCUUUCAUCUCGCCACCACAUCCUCUGCCAUCCUCACACUUCCGAACCACGCACACACGCACCGCACACACACCACACACUUGGCCAAACAUGCCGUACACUCCUCACAAAGCUUACGUCGUAGGCGUCGGCCUUACCAAAUUUGACAAGCCCCGCGGCGAGCGUGAUUACCCCGAGCUCGGUCUGGAAGCCACGGUCAAGGCACUCAUCGAUGCCGGCAUCACUUACGAUGAUGUCGAGACUGCCGCUGUGGGGUACUGCUACGGUGACUCGACUUGCGGACAGCGCGCCCUGUAUCAACUUGGUAUGACCGGCAUUCCCAUCGUCAACGUCAACAACAACUGCUCCACUGGCUCUUCUGCCUUUGUCCUUGCUGCCAACAGCAUCAUGGCAGGUCAAGCCGACUGCGCACUGGCACUCGGUUUCGAGAAGAUGGCACCAGGCUCUCUCGGAUCCGCAUGGAACGAUCGAGCGCCUCCUAUGGAGGGCACCAUGUCUCAGCUGUUUGAAAUCGAAGCCGAAAAGGAGUACAAGACGGAUGACUUUGGACCUUUUGCUGCUCGCAUCUUCGGAGCUGCUGGUCAAGAGUAUGUGGAAAAGUACGGCGCCACUUGGGAUCACAUCGCUGCAAUCGCUGCCAAGAACCACAAGCACAGCGUCAAGAACCCCUAUGCGCAGUUUAGGGUCUCUCCGAGCCCACAAGAGGUAGCCAAGGCCCGCAAGAUCACGCGCGAGGUGACAUUGCCCAUGUGCUCCCCCACCUCUGAUGGAGGCGCCGCUGCAAUCGUCGUGAGCGAGGACUUUAUCAAGAAGCACAAUCUCCAAGACCGAGCAAUCGAGAUCGCCGGUCUGGGAGUGUCCACCGACUCUCCAAGACUCUACGAGGAUCGCUCUAGAAUCGAACUUGCCGGUGCCGACAUGAGCCGGCGUGCGGCAACGAUUGCUUACAAGCAAGCCGGUCUGACCGCCAAGGACAUUCAGGUCUUGGAGCUGCACGACUGCUUUGCUCCCAACGAGCUCGUCACCUACCCUGCUUUGGGAUUGUGCGCCGAGAAUGAGGCUCACAAAAUUGUCGAGGCUGGCGACAACACUUUUGGUGGAAAGUGGGUCGUCAACCCUUCUGGAGGUUUGGAAUCCAAGGGUCACCCGCUCGGCGCGACAGGUCUCGGCAUGGUGGCCUACAUGGCUUUGCAGCUGCGCGGCGAAGCGGGUGCGCUGCAGGUCGAAAACGUCAAGGCCGCAUUGACGCACAACAUCGGUCUCGGUGGUUCUUGCGUCGUUUCCAUCCUCAAGAAGGCCUCCUUCUACAAGGAUGGCGCUCACAACAAGGACCGCUUCGGAUACGACUUUGCCAACGAGUGCAGGCGCAUGACCGAGGAGGAGCUCGAAAAGGUCAAGAGCAAGCACUUCUCCGAUUACUUGCCCGCUUCUAUCCCCGAGCCGCAGACCUCCAAGCUGUAGAGCGCUGUUCACGUCAUGUGCGCGCGUGAGCUCAUCCAUACAUGUGCUGUCGUAGCCAAAUGCAUACCUUCACGCCUACCGGCUCGAGUCUCAGCUUGAUGCAUUUCAGCAGUCAGCUUUCGCUCCCUCACUGAUGUCUCGGAGACUUUCAGCUUUUGAGGCGGACAAUGGCAUUACGUGAGCCAGAAUACGAUAUUCAAAUAGGCGGGUGAAAGAGUGACGGCUGUGUGGACGGGACAGAGCCCAAAGUUGCUUGAGCAGUAAGCAAUGGUCGAGAGUGAUGAGGUGACCUGCACCGACGAAUCUAUUUGUAUCUAGUUGGUCAACAGCGCGAAGAGGAUAUGAGACAACAGGUGGCGAGACCGGGAGGCAUAAGUGGUAGAAAGCAUGUCUAUACAGACGUCGUCUUCCGGCUGUCAGGUGCGCGGUGCAACGGCGCGAGCCAUCCCAACGUCACGUAGCCGCUUCCACAAGCUCUUGCCACUAGGAGCUGGGGUACC